AUGGUUAUACGAAAUAAAACUAAUAUUGCUUCAGAUAUUAUCGGCAUAACAAACAGAGUUUUAAAUAUUAGUAAAAACAAUGCACCAUCACCUGUCUCAUACAUAAAUCAAAACAUCAAUAUUAAUAAUGUCGAUAAGAAUACCGAUAUUUGGAUAAAAAAUUGUUUGUCAACUAAGAUUAAACAUGCUAAGAAUGACUCAAUAACGUUACUUAUACCUAAAGUUCUGCAGAAAUUACAACACUUGAGGACCUCUGACCAUAAUGAUUCAUAUUUUAGGUUACUUGCAAAGUUAAAAGCGACUGAUAUAAACUGGGUUACUCGAAAUAAUAAUUCAAUAGGAACAUCUGUAUACUUACCAAUUGAAUUCUAUAAUGAACUUUCUAUAAUGCUUAAAAAAUUAGCCUCUAAAGACGUGGAUUAUACAACAAAAAUGGCUUUAGCUAAAUAUUCUUUGAAAAUGAUAAAAACUUAUAAUACCAUUAUAAGUGACAGAUGCAUCUCAAAUAAUUAUAGAUUUUAUAGAGACUGCAUAACCUGCAUUUGUAAUACUGAAUCAGUUUUAUUACUUCAUGAAACAAUACGAUAUUUUAAGGAAAAAAACCUACCAGAAUUUCUUACUCAUUAUGCAAAUUUAACUUUUUAUCAUAAGACUUCAGAAAUAACAAAAUUAUUGGAAUACUUGGAAUUUUAUAUUUAUCAUGAAAAGUUUAAGAUUACAGCUGAUCAAAGAGAUUUGUUGGAACCUAUAUUUUUAAAUGUAAUUAAAAAGCUUACGUUAUUAAAUGCUGAAGAAGAAAGUAUCAUUUUGUUAAAAUACAUGAAAAAAUGGUCUAUAAAUAUUAAUGAUCACGAUAAGUCUGUCUUGUUAGAUUUAUGUGAAAAAAAAGGUUCCUUUAAACUGAAAAAGGAGAUUGUCUCAUUUGACUCAAUGGACAAUUCUCAGAAUUUGAUUAUUGACUGGAAGAUAUUGCAGAGUUCUGAUUCAGUAGAGAAAAUUAUGAUAGACUUAAAUAAUCGAAAUAUCAACCCUUUUAAUAGUGCUGGCGAAUACACGUUUCUACAAUUAUGUUUUAAUGAUAGAGACCAAAAUAUUGAAUUUUGGAACCAGUAUAUUACAAGAAAUAUAGUAGCAUCGACUUUAUCUACUCCUUUGAAAGUUUUAUAUUUGCAAUCUCUGCUAUCAUACCUGGUAAGUUCAGGAAUGAAAUUUCAAGAUGUUUUAAGCAUAUUAAACUAUUUAUCAGUUGAUUUAAGAUCAAAUGAACUCUUUUUAUUGACUACUAAUUUAAAAGGAAUGGAAAAAUCUACCAGUUUUAAUAUUUUAUUUAAGCUGUUAGAAAGACGACCAUCCGCAAAAUUAACUUCUCAAACUCUUUUAGGAUUUUUAGAGAAAUACCAUAAUGAACUAAAUUACACAAUAUCAUGCAGCAACUAUAUUUCGCUAUUCAAAACGGCAUUAUCUAAUAAUGAUACUGAAACUAUCUAUUAUUUUCUAUUGAAAUAUUUGAUAUUAGAAGGUGAUACGCUUUAUCUGAAUGAUGCCGAAAAAAGCUGGAAGUUACCGGAUGAGAUAGAAAUGUUUUUCAGAUCCAAUGAAAUUCCUAAAGAAGCUAUCAAAUUCCUUGAUAAGAUCCAUUUGUAUGCCAAUAAUUCAAAGAAGGAAAAUGAAUUUUCAGAAGCGACUGUCCUCGGUGAAUUUGGCAACAAAGGAAUAUAUCCUUUGACUGAAGAAAAUAUUAGAUCUAAUAAUUAUAGAUCGAUAAUGAUGAAUGAAGAUAAUGAGCUAUACUUUUCAUCGUAUCAUAGUUAUUAUUAUACAGAUGACAAGAAACUUGAUACAAAAUUAAAAUCCUUUCUUUCCAAUUUGACACCUCUACAAUCGAAACUAUAA